GUCAACUUUGAAACACACCCAGAAGUAAAACCGGUUUUUGACACGUCUAAUAUACUCCUGAUGACGCACCCCUCUGCGUAGACAGCAAUUAUCUGCAAUAAUUGCCAGUAUUUAUGAACUGAUUCAGGGGACUGAGAAAAAGACUACCAUUUGUGAUAUUCUUAAUCUCGGUCCAAAGUCUCCAGUCGAUACAAAUAUAAGAUGAAAUACCUUUACCUCUUACUAAUCAUUACAGCCACCACUAUAACUGUGACAUUUAAAGAAAUUGUUGAGGCUGAAUCUGGUGGACUCAACGCUAAGGAAAAGUCAUUGAUAAGCAUUCUAGCUGAAGCGAGGAAGUUACGUUGGGAUGAUGGAGAGGAGUAUGCCAUUGGAGAACUGAUGAGAGAUUUAGACGAAGGAGUGGACCCAGAGAAAGAAGAUGAAGAGAUGAAGAUCGGUGUGGAGAGGUUCACAGACCAGCUGCAGAGGUUCUCGGACCAAGACAGAGAAAAGGUCAAGGAGCUGUUUCGUGAGAAUCUAGGACAAGCAGAGACUAAAAGUCUUUUCCAGGAUGCCAGCAAGUUGGCCAAGGAGGAGGAUGAAAAACUGAAGGAGCUAAAGAAGGAUGUAGGUUUCCAAGAGGAUGAGAAAAAGGCUUUCAAGGAGUUGGUUUCUGAUGUUGUCAAAGGCACUAAUGUAGAAGCAAAAGCAGGAGAUACUGAGUUGGCUUUGAUGGCGAGUGCAGGAAAAAAAGUGGACAAAUUGAAGGAGGAAGACAAGAAACGACUGCAAGCCAUGAUAGCCAGCCAUUAUGGAGAAGAUCAAGCAAGAAGAGUCUUCGAUAUGGCCAAAACCAUUGAAAAAGAGGAGGGAGACAAGAAUCAAGCCAACCAAUAGCCAACCAAUAUGUAUCAUCAGAAUCAGUUUAUAAUGUAAGGUUGAGGAUGUAUACAAUAUGGCACAUGUUAUUGGUGUUCUGUACAGUCUUGCCAUUCCAGUCCUCAUGACUGGCAUUGGCAUUUUUACAAAAUCAACUACAUUUUGUAUUCAUUUUCAACCUAUCAAUAACCCUUUCAUGUAACACAUUCAAGAAAACUGCUAUACAACACACCUUGUAGGUAAUAUCCACACCAAUAAUGUGAUAAAUUAAUACUAAACACAAUACCCAACAUGUAAUACAUACUUAAUGUAACAUUCUGUUUCUUUCAAUAAAGUCUGGAAGGUUCUCCCAACACUAGUU